UGACAGGGGGUUAAGGAGAAAAGGAGGCGGCGACGGCCGAGCUAGACGCGCAUCCUUCGCCACACAACUCCGGUCACUUUCUCUCCGUCGCGCCGUGAUCCUGUGCAGUCUAUUCAACCGGAAUUCUCGCCACAAGCGUCCCCCCCUUUUCCUGAGGCUCAGCAACAGGGCAUACAUAGUACGGGAUGCCGCUGACCGGGAGCUCUCGCGAAUAGCACAGACGCUCGCACGCGACUGCGGAAUACCUCGUGAGAGAAAUGCGAAUGGUUCGAGAACGGAGAACCGAAGCGAAACGGAAAGAAUGUACCUUCACUGCCGCGUUCCAUAUAGACUGGGAGCGCAGAAUAGGAAAUAGAUAGCUAGCUAAGACGCGUAAUUACCGCCGUACAUGCGAAGUUCCUCGCCUUAUAGUUACUGGCUUGUAGUCGGCAGAGACGAAGGUAACUGCGGUUUCGCGGCGUCUUCGGACGGUGAAGAAGACACAAGAGAAAUAUGCUGCGGAGGAGGCUGAACCGCCUGUUUGGCGGCGAUGAGAAGAGAGUGGACAGCAGGACCAUCUACGUAGGGAACCGGCCUUGUCCUGCCACCGAGACAUUCAUCCCUCCCAAGUUCUGUGACAACAGGAUAGUGUCUUCCAAGUACACGAUAUGGAACUUUCUGCCAAAGAACCUGUUCGAACAGUUCCGAAGAAUCGCCAAUUUCUACUUCCUCAUUAUAUUCCUGGUGCAGGUCAUCGUGGACACUCCGACCAGCCCUGUGACCAGUGGCUUGCCCUUGUUUUUUGUGAUCACAGUGACUGCCAUCAAACAGGGUUACGAGGACUGGUUGCGGCACAAGGCCGACAGCGAGGUGAACAAGUACCCAGUGAGGGUGCUCGAGGACGGCCAGCCUGCGCGUAAAGACAGCGAGAAGAUCAAGGUGGGCGACAUCGUGGAGGUAGUGGAGGACGAGACCUUUCCCUGUGACCUCAUCCUGCUCCAGUCCAGCCGGGACGAUGACACCUGCUUCGUCACCACGGCCAGCCUGGAUGGCGAAUCCAACCACAAAACACACUACACAGUACCAGACAUGGAGAAGGACCUACAGUCUCUCAGCGCCACCAUUGAGUGUGAGCAGCCUCAGCCUGACCUCUACAAGUUCGUGGGCCGAAUGCACAUUUACAAGCCUGAGCAUGAUCCAGCAGUGAGAUCUUUGGGCCCAGAGAACCUGCUCCUGAAAGGUGCAACCCUGAAAAACACCAAGAAGAUUUAUGGCGUGGCUGUGUACACGGGCAUGGAGACCAAGAUGGCCCUCAACUACCAGGGCAAGUCUCAGAAGCGCUCCGCCGUGGAGAAGUCCAUCAAUGCCUUCCUGCUGGUGUACCUGUGCAUCCUGAUCAGCAAAGCAGUGGUGUGCACGACCCUGAAGUACGUCUGGCAGAGUCAAGAUGGCCAGGACGAGCCCUGGUACAACCAGAAAACCGAGAAAGAGAAGGGCACCAUCUUGUAUGUGAAGAUGUUCACAGACUUCCUCUCCUUCAUGGUCCUCUUCAACUUCAUCAUCCCCGUGUCCAUGUACGUCACUGUGGAGAUGCAGAAGUUCCUUGGCUCCUUCUUCAUCACCUGGGACCGGGACUUCUUUGACCCCGAGAUCGAGGAGGGGGCGCUGGUCAACACCUCGGACCUGAACGAGGAGCUGGGUCAGGUAGAGUAUGUCUUUACAGACAAGACGGGUACGCUGACCCAGAACAACAUGGAGUUCAUCGAGUGCUGCAUCGAUGGCUUCCAGUACACGGCCUUCAGCAGUGAGCUGGACAGCUUCUGCGUCACGGACGGCCCAGUGAGCACGUUCCAGGAGAAGGCCGGUCGGGAGAAGGAGGAACUCUUCCUGCGGGCCCUGUGCCUGUGUCACACGGUGCAGGUGAAGGAGGCGGGGCCAGACGAGCUGGGUGGGGACCAGGUGGACGGGCCGGCCAGCGAGCCGCUGCGGCCGGCCGAGCAGAGGGGCUUCAUCGCUUCCUCGCCGGACGAGGUCGCGCUCGUCAAAGGCGCCAUGAGAUACGGCUUCACCUUCCUAGGAUUGGAGAGUAAAACUAUGAAGAUCAAGAACUGGCAGAACGAUGUUGAAGAGUACGAGUUGCUUCAUGUGCUGAACUUUGACCCUGUGCGGCGGAGAAUGAGCGUCAUAGUCAGGAGCAAGUCGGGGGACACGCUGCUGUUCUGCAAAGGUGCAGAUUCCUCAAUAUUCCCCCGCGUCAGGCCAGAAGAGGUGGAGCGAAUUCGCAUGCAUGUGCAGCGCAGCGCCACGGAGGGCUACCGGACGCUGUGUGUGGCCUACAAGCGGCUGAGCGUGGACGAGUACGCAGCAGCGGAUGCCGGUCUGCGGGAGGCCCGUCUGGCCCUGCAGGAUCGGGAGGAGAAGCUGAUGGCCGUCUACAACCAGGUGGAGACGGCCAUGAGUCUGAUUGGUGCCACUGCGGUGGAGGACAGGCUACAGGAGGAAGCGGCGCAGACCAUGGAGGCCCUGCAGGGUGCCGGCAUGAAGGUGUGGGUGCUCACCGGCGACAAGAUGGAGACGGCCAAGUCCACCUGCUACGCCUGCCGCCUGUUCCGGCGCAGCACGGAGCUGCUGGAGCUGACGGUGCGCACCCUGGAGAGCGGCGGCCGCCGGCGCGAGGAGAUGCUCCACGACCUCCUCUUCGACUUCCACAGGAAGGCGGUGCAAGACGCGCCACCGGCCAGAGCAGGAGUCAACAGGAGCUGGUCCUCGGCGAACCCGGAGUAUGGCUUUAUCGUGGACGGGGCGGCACUUGCCCUGGUGAUGAACCCCUCCCCCGACACCAACUGCAGCCGCUACAGGAGCCUCUUCCUGCAGAUCUGCCAGAAUUGCACGGCCGUGCUCUGCUGCCGCAUGGCGCCGCUUCAGAAGGCUCAGAUAGUGAAAAUGGUGAAGAACUCUAAAGGCUCUCCCAUCACGCUGUCCAUCGGCGACGGGGCCAACGAUGUCAGCAUGAUCCUGGAGGCACACGUAGGCAUCGGUGUGAAGGGCAAGGAGGGACGACAGGCGGUGCGAAACAGUGACUACGCCAUCCCCAAGCUCAAGCACCUGAGGAAGCUGCUGCUCGCCCACGGACACCUCUACUACAUCCGCAUCGCCCACCUCGUGCAGUACUUCUUCUACAAGAACCUCUGCUUCAUCUUACCUCAGUUCCUGUACCAGUUCUUCUGCGGCUGCUCCCAGCAGCCCCUGUACGAUGCAGCCUAUCUGACGAUGUACAACAUCUGCUUCACCUCCAUGCCCAUCCUGGCCUACAGCCUGCUGGAGCAGCAAAUAGCCAUCGAGGUCCUGCUGGAUAAUGCCACCCUCUACAGGGACAUAGCGAAAAACGCCAUGCUGAGGUGGGGUCCGUUCCUGUACUGGACUGUCCUAGCGGUCUUCCAGGGGCUCAUCUUCUUCUUCGGGGUCAAAUAUCUGUUCAGCAACCCAGCGCUGCAGGACAACGGCCAGGUCUUUGGGAAUUGGUCGUACGGGACAAUCGUCUUCACGGUGCUCGUCUUCACGGUGACACUAAAGCUGGCCUUGGAUACGCGGCACUGGACCUGGAUCAACCACUUUGUCAUCUGGGGCUCGCUGGCCUUCUAUGUUGUCUUCAGUUUCUUCUGGGGCGGCAUCAUAUGGCCGUUCCUGAAACAGCAGCGGCUGUACUUUGUCUUUUUCAACAUGCUGAGCUCAGUGUCUGCCUGGCUGGUCAUCAUCCUCCUCAUCGUCCUCAGUCUUCUGCCAGACAUCCUCCUGGGAGUCCUCCGCAAGCCCCGAGGCCCCCACACCCAACAGCUGUCCAAGGAAUCCCUCCUGUACGUGGACAGGUACGGUAAUGGAGCUCGUCGCUUCCCCCUCGCAGUAACCUGCUCCUGGCGCCACUCGGGCUAGCAAAAUCACAGCAAUGCUCUGCUCUCUUCCAUCCUAACCCAAUCGAAACCCCCUAAAAAGUGAUCAGUUUCAGAUGGCAUUAUUUUUGAUUUGUGGUGUUGGUGUCUUACAUUAAAUUGGACCAUUUGGAAAGGGGUGUGUUGGUGGGGAUUGUUGUUUUGGUUUGGUUGUGGAGGGGUAAAAGUUACCUUCUGGUAAAAUUCAGGUGUAAUGUACAGAACAUUAGAUUGGGGCUUUGUUUAGUACCUGACAUCUGAUCAGUUAUUAAAUAACGCAGUUAUCACACAUUGUAAUGUAGCUGACAUCUGAUCAGCUAAUAAGCCCAGCAGUUACACUCACUGUUGGAUCCAGGGUCAGUGUGUGGGUUUACAUGAACUCUGCUGGUGUUUACUCACAGCUGGGAGAGUCGUGCCCACUGUGGCGGGAAUGUAACUGUCCUCCUGUGUUUGGUCUCUGCUACAGAUCGCCGUGGUAACCCCACUGUCCUACAAGCACCUGAGAGAGCACUACUGAAGGACGCCUCCAGAGCCUGGGGGAGACUCCCGGAUGGACCCAUAACUGGCAGCAAGUCUGCCGGUGCCCCUGCCUGCUCAAAAACCGACAAGAAAAUGGGAUCAACCAAAUGAGGACACACACAAAAAAAUACCCAGCUCAGACCAGGCGUAGACGCAGUAGUCUGCCAACCCUGUGUUCUCUCUCUCUCUUUCUCUCUCACGCGCUCUCUCGUGCUCUCUCUAUCUCUUGCUGCCUCAUCCUUCUCGCUUGUCUAACAUGAUUUCAUGCAAGUGUACUUCAUCAAAGCACGUGACCUUUUUAAUGCAUUUAUUUUUUGCCACCGUGUCCCGCCACGACCCUGUGCAUUGCUGAGGCAUGGGGUGCUCCUCCGCCCCCCCCUCUCCACCUGCACGCGCACACCGGCACCACGUUGCUCUGCUGACCUGAACUGCCCGGCCCACCACCGUCGUAGUGUCGUCUUUUGUGCCCUCGCACUGACUGCAUUUGUCUGCGAGGUGCCACUCCGACAGCCCUGACCCUGUGGGUGAAAAGCUGCAUUCCAGCUACGUGCUGAGCACUGAGCCAGGCGGUGUUCACCACUGGUGCACGCGAGAUUGGGUGGGUGCUUGUUUGUAUGGGUGGGGGUGGUGUGUGUAUGGGUGAGAGAGUGGUAAAGAAACAUCUUAGUGUUGUAACUUUUUUCUUACAAUGAUGCAGGGAUUCAGACAUUAGAUUAUUGAUUUUUUAACUACAUGUGUGUGAUCUGAGCUUGAUAGAACCAAACGAUGAUAGAAACAUUGUCUGCUUUCCGGAUUCUGUCCUGCUAUGGGCAUCCGGGUUUUGUUUGUUUGUUUGUUUUUUGUUUUUGUUUUUUGUUUGUGUCUGUUUGGGGGCACUCCCUUAUGUGGACCAAUAGUGAGGACGAUCCCUUGUGCUGCCAGAUGGCUGACUGCUGAACCUGCGCUGACCUUGUCUGCCAGUACAUGG